UAUUGUUGGUAUCUUGACGUUCAGCAGACCACCGGUGAUGGACGGUUCAAGCUAAUAUACAACCCUCUUUAAAGGCUCAUGCGCUCAUUUAAACGUGUAGGAUGCUGGUAGAAUUUAAACAGACUCACAAACACUCUGCAGUCUGCUACGAGUCAUUUCUUGCCAGACUCGUUAAAUGACAAAACAAGUCUCCACUCGUUUAUUUAAUGAGCUGGACGAGGACGCACACUGAGGGGCGGACACAGCCGGUUUCUCCCCAUGGCCACCGCGCGUUUCCCCGGGAAGAGUGCAGACGUGGCCGCCGCCAAUUGGAGCGCUGUGGCUCCGGGCAGGCCGCUGUGUGUCAACGGGACCCCGUGGAUCCUCUACCUGCUGGAGGAGUGUGUGGAUAACAUCUGGGAGUACUGCAGCGUGGUCAUAGGACUCAUAUCCAUGUUCUGUUUUCUGCUGUCCACUUUGCCGCAGGUCUAUGAAGCCUACAGAAACGGUAAAGUGGAGGAGGCCAUGUCUUUAGGGUUUCUGCUCUUCCUCUUCAGUGGCGAUCUGACCAGCUUUGCAGGCUGCUACCUCACUAGCCAGCUGCCGAUUCAGGUAGUCACGGUGGUGUUCUACAUCUUCACAGACCUGAUCCUCAUCUCCCAGUUUCUCUACUAUAAGAUCAAAAACAGCUCCAGCAGAAAAACUCCUCUGUUGAAGUGGCUGUGCUUCAUGUGGUGUGGUGCUGCUUCAUUAGUUCUCAUGGUUUUGCCCAAACUCAUCAUAGACAACAGUAGAAACUUAGACACCCAGAGUCCAGCUACCUCCAAAUCAGUGGAAGUCACUGGCUAUAUAUGUGGAUACUUGGCAUCUGUCUUCUACCUCUGCUCCCGUUUCCCUCAGCUCUAUAAAAAUUUCCAGCGACAGUCUACAGAGGGCACCUCCUACCUGCUGUUUGCCCUGGCCAUGAUGGGUAAUGGAACAUAUGGGUUAAGCGUCAUCGUGGUCCUUCCUGCACUGAAGGGCUCCAAACAGACCUUUAUUAUCAAACAUCUGGCCUGGCUCAUUGGCAGCCUGGGAGUCCUCAUACUUGACUUCCUUGUCACUGCCCAGUUCAUCAUCUACAAGAAGAACGUCCCGGCCACAAAAAGCAGUGCCCUACUCAGUGUCCCGGAGGUGGAACCUCUACUGUGUGAGGAAGAGGAAUUGUCAGUAUUAUAGGACAGAGAUCAAGCACCAGUAUGGAAAGCUUCAUCAACAAUAGACUGGUUGUUUUUGAUCAACCUGUGAGUUCCCAGUGGUCAAUCAACAACUUCAGAGACAUUGCUGAAGGUAGUAGGCAUGUUGUAGUACCAGCAGGUAAUUCUAGUGCAUCUUUGCAACCUGAUUUUGUUGCUUUCAAGACUACAAACACAGUAGUGAAUUCUUCAGAGUGGUAAAAAAAAAAAAGCAGGAAAAGCUACAGAAAUUACAUGGUCACUAUAUUCCUGUCUGAACACUUCAGAUUAAAUUAAGUUCCAGUUUAGAUGCAUUUCCACGGACGCUAGGCAAUCUUUUCAGCAUGGCUCGAGUCUUUUUUGGUUGUGAGUACUGUAUUUUUGAUUAAUUAUUCCCCUGGGAUUUCUUGAUUUUUGUUUUGCAUGGAAUGAUUGUAUUUUUAUAUACCAUCGGGGAGCCUAGAGGAGGAUGCUGAACACCAGAUGUUCCACAAAUGCAAGCUUUAAGGGAGAGUGAAGUGCCUGCUAUAUUCUAACAUUUUUGACAGCUUACAGACUGUCAUCGAAGCCUGCAAAGGCAAGUACAAAUGGCAGAAACUAGGAUGAAUGGCAGCAUGGGAAGUUACCAGAUUUUCUAUUUAACUGGAACUGUGACUAUAGGGGGAUUUCCACCAGCAAGAUGGUAAAUCACUGGACUGAGUUAGUAUAAUGUUAAAUAAAUGGAUGUCUGCUAGGGCCACCCCUCCACUUGAAAGAUGUUCAUUUAGUCUAAAGCUGUAUAAUGACCUCAUUUGUCUUUAAUAGAAAUGUUGCAUUCCUCUGUAUUUCUGGUCUGCUCUCCUGGAGAAAAACUGUGUGCCUUUUUAUGCUAAAAACAGUCUUAAUAUAAAUGCACUGUAUGUAAAUUAUUUUUAGAUGAAACAAAAUUAGAUUUCUAAACUAGGAAUUUAUUUAAGGUGUGGUAUUUCUUAGGAAAUGCAGUGGAAUAUUUUCUCUUUUGUACAAAGCCUGAAUCAGAGCUGCCCUUGUACAUGAGAGAAGUGUAAGUUUUCUUGUGUUUUCAUUCUGUUUUGUACCAUUUUCAUGACAUGCAUUAAAGAAGACAUAAUUACUUGACAGUGUCUCUUAAGAAAAGCUAAGAAAAGAGACAUUAAUAAGAUAUUGAGAGAGUUGUUAAAGUAAUGAGGUGUAAAAGUAGCUCAUGAAUUUCUUAUCUGCCACAAGGUGUAGAGCAGAGAGGAUGCUGUUGUCGAGCCAAAUUGAUUUUUACAAUUUUUGCCUUGCAGAGGUGAUGCUAAAUGAACAGAGCAAAAAAAAAAACAGGCCAAAAGUCAUCUCAUUACUGAGCAGUUUAACUUUGCGGUCAGUAUUUUGUAAAUGUUGUGCCAGGUGUUAUUGUCAUACAGUAUAUGUAUGUGGUGCUGUCACUGUUUAACCUGAUCGUCUGCGUGACUUAAGUUCUGGACUUGCAGAGAUCUGCAGAGUUCUCUACCUCAUUCUGAUGUGGACAUGAUUUAUGUUUUGUGUGCAAGUGUGCAGUGAGAACUGUUUUGAAUCCGUGCACAGUGCUUGUGUGGAAACAGGGAAAAUUAACUGAGCACACAUUGCAUUUAGAAACAAAACUUUAACCUAAAACAGAACCUUUAAUUGUAACUAUCGCAAUUGCGUGAAAAGCAUCUCUGCAGGUGAUGAAAUAAUGUGGAUUUAUACAGAUACAGGGGGAUUUCUUUGGAAUUUGUUUCGUGAAAGGCUCUUUUUUUGCAAAUAUGCAACUAGACUAACAUCUUUUCACUUGUAAAUUAAGUUUUUGUGAGUUAUUUUUAUAUUGCACAAUUCCUACUUCUUAAUUCCCUCUAAAUGAGCCUGUUAUACUUUUUCAAUCUAGCACAAAAUGUACAUAUUUGUUGUAUAUAUUACUGCUGUAUACUGUAGAAAUUGUGUUUAACACCCUAGUCUAUGUAGUUAUAAUUGUCAAGAUGGUGUUAUUUUAUUUAAGCAUAAUGCUCAGAGGAAUUUAAAUGUAGACGACCGGUUAUAUUGUAAUUCUGAGCUCUGUUCCAGGGUAUGUUUAUCGACAAUGCUUAUAACUGUUACAUAUAUUGUAAAAAAAAAAAAACUUGAAUAAACUGCAUUUUACCCUCA